AGCGCGAGGCGAGCUUUUUAGAGAGAAGAAAAAAUAUGAAAAAAAUCUUGGCCGACGAGUCGACGAUUCGCCGCUCUCGAAGAGGCGCUAGAGAUCGAACGAUCGGAGUGCAGCUCUCCGCGGCUGUCCGAAGACGACCAAGCAGUCGUGUUUUUGAUAAAGCAAAAAUACGCCCCUAUUAAAAGGCACGGCCGCUCACAGACAGACGGACACUUGGCGAGUGACUUUGACAGUUAUCGUAUGCGGCCGAGUGUAAGUGUGCACUCGAUAGACACGGAGCCAGCAGCAGCAGAGAUACACAAAAACAUUCGGCCGGCUCGGCUCGGCUGUAAGUACGUGUGCAUUUUGGAGAAACGGUUGUGCGCCACUCGCUGCACGCCCAAAGCCGGCAGGACAAUUUUAUUAUCGUACGGUGCGGCAAGUGUAACGCGAGACGAUUCAUUCGUUGAAUUUUCUCAAACUUUGUGCCGACCUCUGCGAGUGCUUACCGCUGCUGUUCUGCGUAUGCCUACGGCAAAUCGUUAACUCAUAAAUAUGGGCUAUAAGAAUAAGCUGUUUCUCGUGACACUGCUGGUGCCGAUAGUGUCUUACCUCGCCCUUCGAGUGCAGGGCUCGAUUACCGUCGAGACAACGGAAGAACUUUUGAGAAAAAAUCAUUAUCCUUUCGAGGAUCACCAAAUCGAAACCGAAGAUGGCUAUAUAUUGGGUAUUCAUCGCAUCCCGCAAAAGAACGGAGUGCCGAUUUUCCUUCAACACGGCCUCUUGUUGAGUUCAACCGACUGGUUAAAAAAUGGACCUAAUCGAUCUUUGGCCUAUUUGUUAUGGGACGAGGGCUACGACGUUUGGCUCGGAAAUUUCAGAGGCAAUGCUUAUUCGAGAAAGCACAAAACUUUGUCACCAAAAGACAAAGAAUUCUGGGACUUUAGUUGGCACGAGGUGGGCUACUACGAUAUGCCUGCGGUGAUCCAUCAUAUCCGAAAAACGACCGGUAAGGAUAUAUUUUACGUCGGCUACUCGAUGGGUGGUGGUUCUUUCUCUAUCAUGGCCUCGGAACGGCCCGACGCGGCCAAACACGUCAGGGCGAUGAUAGGCCUGGCUCCGGCCAUUUACGAAUACCACAUGACUCAGCCGCUCAUCAGGUUUCUCUCGGUUUUCUGGAAGGAGCUUAAGUUCGGGGCCAAACUCAUUGGUCUGUACGAGUUCGCACCCCAAGGCGGCGUGUUCGAUACCUUAUUCAACGACUUGUGCAACGUCACCUUCUUGCGCGACUGGGCCUGCAGCGGUGUGAUUUCGUACAUUUUUGGAUACAAUCCGCCUCAGCUCGAUUACAGCCGAAUCCCGGAUUAUUUGGGCGCCUUUCCAAUGGGCACGUCCAUGAACAUAAUCUGGCACUGGUUCCAGUACAUACGCGUCAACGAGUUUCGCAAUUAUGAUCAUGGCCGAGAAAAGAAUUUACAACUUUACCAUCAAGAGGAACCACCCAAGUACGACUUGACGAAGAUACAGAUACCCGUUGCCGCGUUCACUUCCGAUAACGACGCCAUCGUCGACAGCAGGGAUAUCAAACACUUUUACGAGCAAAUUCCCAACAAACUCGGCAUUUAUGAUCUCAGCGAGUACGGCUUUAAUCACGUUGAUUUUGUAUGGGGCCUCAACGCCACCGAAUUAGUUAAUCAAGACGUAUUACGAAUCCUCAGGGAGCAAAGACAGGAAGAGUCGAGUAGUCGGAACAAGACAGUCACGAAUGAGUUGCUGUAAUAGUAAUUAACUUAUGGAUAAGUUGAUACACAUUCCUUGCCAUUGAAACAGUUUUUACUGCUUAGUCAUUAUUAAAUAGUAUUACACAUGCUGCACUAAUCGUUCGACAGUCUUAACCAGCUUGUGUGUAAACGUUUUCGCUAAUUUUUUGUAGAUAUCGUCAAGUUCAUAUGAGAAAAAUUGAUUCUUCCUUGUUAUUGCGAUGACUCGAAUUUUUCCACGCGUUGCGAAUAAAAACGAAGGUGGCGCGAUAUAUGCGCCUUCGAUAGUUAGCUGAAAAUUCGUUUGAUUGGAAUUCGGUCUCGAGCAAUGCAAUAUAUAUAUUAGUAUUGUGAAAUUGAAUUUCCUUUCGAUUCUGAAUGUGUGCGAGUGUGCGAGCACGUGAAAGUUACACACACGCGCGCGCGAGCACACACAUUUGCACGCAGCUUUGAUUGAUUCGGAACUUCUGUACAAGUGCAAUUUAUUAUGGUUUCGAAUGAGUUACAAUCUCUUCAAUACAACGAGAGUAUUGAAACUAAUAUCGAAUCUUGUGAUUUUACAUAUGUUGUAAUUUUAGUGUAAAAAAGUGUAGGGUAGUUUUUAAUCAUCACUACGUUUGAAUAUAGUUAUUUAUGUAACAAGUGCCCAAAAGGCGUUUUUGGGCACGAGUGUGCGGAAAAAGACACGAGUGCCGG